GGCUGAGAGAAUAUCCCAUCACUCUCAUGCAGUUUUUCCGUUAUCUCUAUCACAACAUCACAGAUCUGGCACCUAUGUGGCACAGCCCAGACUUCCUGUGUACACUUGCUGCUACUGUUUUCCCCUUCAAUAUACGACCCUACUCAGAGAUGGUGAGUGAUUUAGAUGAUGAAGCAAGCUCACCCACAGAAGAGUUCAAAGCCUUUGUGACAGAUACUGGUAUGAACCGCAGUCAGUCAGAAUACUGUAAUGUAGGGAGUAAAACCUACCUGACCAACCACCCAGCCAAGAAGUACGUCUUUGACUUCAUGAGGCUCCUCAUUAUGGACAACCUGUGCAUGACACCUGCCAGCAAACAGACCCCCAUCAUUGAUCUUCUUCUGGAGGCGUCACCAGAGCGCUCCACCAGGACACAGCAGAAGGAGUUUCAGUCCUACAUCCUGGACAGUGUGAUGGAGCAGCUUCUUGCUGCAGAUGUGCUGAUGGGUGAGGAGGCGUCAUUGCCAAUAACAACUGGAGGAAGUUACCAGGUCCUGGUCAACAACGUCUUCUACUUCACCCAGCGUGUGGUGGAUAAGUUGUGGCAGGGCCUGUUCAACAAAGAGUCCAAGCUGGUGGUGGAUUUCAUCGUUCAGCUGAUCACUCAGUCCAAACGGCGUUCACAGGGUUUGUCUCUCGACUCGGUCUAUCAUUGUCUGAACCGAACAAUCCUCUACCAGCUCUCACGACCACACAAGACCGUCCCGCAACAGGUCACUCUGCUGGAUUCACUACGUGUUCUGACGGUAAACCGAAACCUUGUGUUGGGACCCGGGAACCAUGACCAGGAGUUUGUGGCCUGCCUGGCCCACUGUUUGAUCAACCUGCACACAGGAAGUAGUGUGGAGGGCUUUGGUCUGGAGGCCGAAGCAAGAAUGACCACCUGGCAUGUGGCUGUUCCUUCUGAGAACGAGUCGGACAGUGUGCAGAGCCAGGAUGUUAGCGAAGGUCGUCAGUUGCUGCUCAAGGCUGUGAAUCGUGUGUGGACGGAGCUCAUGCACAGUAAGCGGCAAAUGCUGGAAGAUAUUUUUAAAGUGUCUCUGCCUGUCAAUGACAGAGGACAUGUGGACAUCGCCACCGCUCGACCUGCUCUAGAGGAACCUGCUGCUAAAAGCUGGCAGAACCACCUGGUCCAUGAGAAGAAAUGCAUCAGCCGAGGUGAGACUGUCGCCCCAGCAAAUCAGUCCAAAUUGUCUCGAGUUAGCAGUGGCUUUGGUCUGUCCAAACUGACCGGCUCCCGUCGCAGCAAGAAGGAAAGUGGCAUGAACAAAAACAAUCUUUCAGCACAGGAGACCUUCCAGUGGAUGUUCACACAUAUUGCUGUGGUUCGGGACCUAGUAGCAAUGCAGUACAAAGAGCAUCAAGAGAGGCAGCAGAAUGCACUGAAGUAUGUGAUGGAUGAAUGGGCAGGCAUUGAAUACGAGCUGCUUCGGGAGAGGGGUCUCUGGGGGCCUCCCAUUGGCUCCCACCUGGACAAGUUUCAGCUGGACAUGACCGAGGGACCCUGUAGAAUGAGAAAGAAGAUGGUCCGGAAUGAUAUGUUUUAUAUUCAUUAUCCCUAUGUGCCUGAUCCUGAGCCCAAUGCAAGCACUCAGCCAGCGCGAUACCGGCGAGCAAUUAGCUAUGACAGUAAGGAGUAUUACAUGCGGCUACUCUCAGGAAAUCCGGGAAUGUACCAGCACUCCAUAGAGCAGAACACAGAAGGAGAAACCACACAACAAGAGCCUGAACAUGGAGAGGACACCAUCGCAAGGGUCAAAGGUCUGGUAAAGGCUCCUUUGAAACGGUCACGCUCUACAGCAGAUGGGGCUGAUGAGGACAGUCAAGACCAGCUGCAGGAGCUUCUGGAGUCAGGAGCAAUGGAUGAAGAGCAGAAAACAGACAACACCACACUGCUCCGUCUGCUGGAGGAGGGAGAGAAGAUCCAGCACAUGUACCGCUGUGCUCGAGUUCAGGGUCUGGAUACCAGUGAAGGGCUGCUCUUAUUUGGGAAGGAACAUUUCUACGUGAUCGACGGCUUCACCAUGACCGUCACCAGAGAGAUCAGAGACAUUGAGACACUUCCUCCAAAUAUGCAUGAACCCAUCAUUCCCCGAGGGGCCCGGCAGAGCAAGAGUCAGCUGAAACGAACAUGCAGCAUCUUUGCAUAUGAAGACAUCAGAGAGGUGCACAAACGCCGCUACCUGCUUCAGCCUAUGGCAGCUGAAGUGUUUUCUGGAGAUGGAAGAAAUUAUCUGUUGGCUUUCCAAAAAGGAGUUCGGAACAAAGUAUAUCAAAGGUUCCUGGCAGUGGUUCCCUCACUAGCCGACAGCUCAGAAUCUGUCUCUGGGCAGCGUCCCAACACCAGUGUGGAACAGGGGUCAGGUCUUCUCAGUACGCUGGUCGGCGAGAAGUCAGUAACUCAAAGAUGGGAGAGAGGAGAAAUCAGCAAUUUCCAAUAUCUGAUGCAUCUCAACACACUGGCUGGCAGGUCUUACAAUGACCUGAUGCAAUAUCCAGUCUUUCCGUGGAUCCUGGCAGAUUUUGACUCAGAGGAACUGGACCUCAACAAUCCAAAGACAUUCCGAAAUCUGUCCAAACCAAUGGGAGCUCAGACGGAUGACAGACUGAUCCAGUACAAGAAAAGAUUCAAAGAUUGGGAGGAUCCUAAUGGCGAGACUCCGGCAUAUCAUUACGGCACUCAUUACUCUUCUGCAAUGAUUGUUGCCUCAUAUCUGGUCAGAAUGGAGCCGUUCACACAGAUCUUCCUUAGGCUUCAGGGAGGACAUUUUGAUCUGGCCGACCGAAUGUUUCACAGUGUGAGAGAGGCUUGGCUGUCUGCUUCCAAACACAACAUGGCUGAUGUGAAAGAGCUUAUUCCAGAGUUCUUCUACCUUCCUGAGUUCCUGCUCAAUUCCAACAAUUUUGACCUUGGGAGUAAACAGAAUGGCACCAAGCUUGGAGACGUGAUUUUGCCUCCAUGGGCAAAAGGAGACCCAAGAGAGUUCAUAAGGGUUCACAGAGAGGCUCUGGAGUGUGAUUUUGUCAGUGCCCAUCUGCAUGAAUGGAUCGACUUGAUCUUUGGUUAUAAGCAGCAGGGUCCUCCAGCGGUGGAGGCAGUGAAUGUCUUCCAUCAUCUAUUCUAUGAGGGCCAGGUGGACAUCUACAACAUCAAUGACCCACUGAAGGAAACCGCUACAAUUGGAUUCAUCAACAACUUCGGCCAGAUCCCAAAACAGCUGUUCAAGAAGCCUCAUCCUCCAAAGCGUGUGCGCAGUAAGUCAAACGGUGAGGUGCCUGGUGUGCCUGUUACACUCAAUUCCACAUUAGACAAAAUCUUCUUCCAUCAUCUGGACAAUCUGCGACCCUCUCUCACUCCUGUCAAAGAGCUAAAAGAGCCAGUAGGUCAGAUCGUGUGCACUGACAAGGGCAUUCUGGCUGUUGAGCAGAACAAGGUGUUGGUUCCUCCUGCCUGGAAUAAAACUUUCGCCUGGGGCUAUGCAGACCUCAGCUGCCGUCUCUCCAACUACGAGUCUGACAAGGCGGUCGUAGUGUAUGAGUGCCUGUCUGAAUGGGGGCAGAUCUUGUGUGCCAUUUGCCCAAACCCCAAACUGGUCAUUACUGGAGGAUUCAGCACAGCCAUCUGUGUGUGGGAGACCGGCUCCUCCAAAGAGAAAGCCAAGAGCCUCACACUCAAACAGGCUCUGCUGGGACACACAGACGCAGUUACAUGUCUCACAGCGUCAUCAGCCUACCACAUUGUCGUGAGUGGCUCUCGAGACCGAACAUGCAUCAUUUGGGACCUGAAUAAGCUGUCUUUUGUGACCCAGCUGAGGGGUCACAGAGCUCCAGUCUCAGCGCUCUGCAUCAAUGAGCUCACUGGUGAUAUAGUAUCGUGUGCUGGCACCUACAUCCAUGUGUGGAGCAUCAAUGGAAGCCCAAUCGCCAGCGCAAACACUUUCACUGGCCGCAGCCAACAAAUCCUCUGCUGCUGCGUCUCCGAGAUGAACGAGUGGGACACACAGAAUGUUAUCGUGACAGGACACUCUGAUGGUGUUGUCAGGUUUUGGAGAAUUGAGUUCCUGCAAGUCCCAGAAACCCCUGCGCCAGAGCCCAUAGAGCCCCCCGAUGUGCCAGACUGCUGUGGAGAGAUUGAGGGUCGUGAUGCUCCAGAUGAGGACAGCAGUGAGUCUGAAGGAGAGGAAGCCAGUCUCAGUCAGGAGCCCAAACCUCGCUCCUCCAACAGUCAGCCCAGCAGUGCCGUCCACAGACCCAAACCUCGCACAGGGGCCUCCUGGUCAGUGGACAGCAGCUCUGACGACUCUCGCCGCUGGUCUGACACGCUCAGCAUAGACGAGAAAGAAGGUUUUGUGUUUGUAAACUACUCGGAGGGCCAGGUCAGACCAGGAGUCCCUGUACAGCCACAUCCCCAGCAGCCCUCGGGGCCCUCACAUGGGCCUGUCCCACAGCCUCUGCAGCCCAACACUAUGGAGGCCCGGUCCUACAACAAACUCAAACCAGGCUACAGAUGGGAGAGACAGCUGGUGUUUCGGAGCAAACUCACCAUGCACACCGCGUUUGACCGCAAGGACAACGCUCAUCCUGCCGAAAUCACUGCUCUUGCCAUUUCAAAGGACCACAGUAAGAUCCUGGUGGGUGACGGUCGAGGGCGAGUGUUCAGCUGGUCAGUGAGUGAUCAGCCGGGACGCUCUACUGCAGAUCACUGGGUGAAGGACGAGCAGGUGGACAGUUGUUCUGGGUGCACCGUCCGCUUCUCCCUCACCGAAAGACGCCACCACUGCAGGAACUGUGGACAGGUCUUCUGCCAGAAGUGCAGUCGUUUCCAGUCUGAGAUCAAGCGUCUGAAAAUCUCCUCUCCUGUGCGAGUGUGUCAGAACUGUUACUACAACCUGCAGCAUGAGCGCAGCUCUGAAGAAAACCCCAGAAACUAGAUCACCUUCACCUGCAUCCCACCCUCAAACCUCCAAAACAUCAAACACCCCCCGCCCCCCCCACAAAAAAACACCCAGUUCAUCAGUCCCACCGGUAAAGCACUGACAUAGACCAAAAUGAGGUCACUAAUGCUCCUAAUUUCAUAUAUCGCAGAAUUGUGACCAUUAAAGAGAGACGAUUGUUAGUUUACUUUUCCAUUCACGCAGUUUUCUUUUGGCAGUAUGCGCCGUCAUCUCAUCUCCAUCAACAUUUAGAUUUUAGAAAAAGCAAUGCGUAUAAAACUCUUCUUGAGAUGACAUUUGUUAAUAUUGUAAAUACUUACAGUGACAUUUUUAACUAGAAACCGUCAAACAAGAGUCAUUAUUAAGAGAGAUGAAAAAAAAGAUGAAAUCAAAACACAACACUUUGCUUGUAAAAUAGUAUUACAGUAUGAUAAAAAACACUCCUGGCUUUAAAAGAACAAACCAUGCGAGAGAGAGAGAGAGAGAGAGAGAGUAUGUGUGUGCGUGUGUGUGUGCGUGAGUGUGUGUGUGUGGUCAACAUCACAAGUCACAGCAUCCCAGUGAGGAAUAAUAUUGGGGACUAUGAAUGUUGAUAAAUGUUUGUGGGUUGACAUUACUAGCUUGUCUAGUUAUGCAAAUGCUUAAUUAUUAUAUUUGUUUUAUAUGUUUUAUUGAAGUGUUGCCCACAGUAUCAGCCAGUUGCCAUUCUGAAUAUUUCAGUUCACUUUUUGUUGCCAAACUGCCUUGAUCUAUAACCACAAUAAUAUUUCUUAACAGUCAUAUAUAUAUAUAUAUAUAUAGGUCAACGAACAUAUGUAAAUGUUGAUUUUAGAUUAAAGACUGCUGUUUUUAUUGACAGGAUUCAUUUACAGACCCGUAGGCAGCCUGGAGAAAGGGGCGGUUCUUUUUUUCUCAAAAAAUUGACCUUUUUACAGCUAUUCACCUCAUUUUUUUAUUUAACUGCGAACUUAAAUAUUUCUAGUUUAAAUAGCUACUGCAUUUGAGUGACAUUUAAAGCACUAUUUAUUUCUGGAGCUUGUUGGGUGGUCAUCAUAACUACACUUUUUGAUGCACAAAAACAUUUCCUAGAUAAGAUUUAGAAUAAAGGAAUAUAAAAAAACGUAUUUAUAAGUAUUUUUUAAUCAUAUAUCAUUAGGGAAAAAAGGAAUCUGUUAAAGUUUUAAAUUAAAAACUGUCUAUUAGGGUAACGGCCCAUUCACACGGGACGUCAGCACCAACGCUUCCCUUUCACUUUGAAAGGGUGACAGCAUGUGUUGCCAAACUGAAUUGUGGGUUCUGUCGGCUGCUCGUUGCAGAAGUUGGGAACUUUUCAAGCGCCAACGGAAGUGUCAGCCAAUCAAAUCGCUUUAUGCAAAUACCCCAGCACAGACAGUAGCCGAUUGCAGGCUAAUUUUAUUGGCUGACACUGCUAUGACGAUCACGUCAGACCCAACUUUAGACACACCGUCCGUCAAGGGUUGACGCUGAAGUCCCGUAUGAAUCGGGCGUGAGCCUAUUGUCAUUUAUUUAGUAAAUAACAAACUGCCCAGCACAUUCAAUUCGGCCACUUGAAUACAAAAAAAGUUACACAUGAUAAUAAUAAUAAUAAUAAUAAUAAUAAUGAUGAUGAUGAUAAUGUAAAGCUUCCCAAUUUUUCUAGCCUCUCUUGUAAAAAAAGUACAUUUGAAAAUUGAUGGAUAACAACAAUAGCCUAGUUCGUAUUAAAAUUAACUUUUAGAUGCUUCAAAAUUUAAUUUUGGUGCUUCACACCAUUUUAUUGGUCAUUUUUUCUUUCAAAGAUUAAAGUCCGAGAUUCAGAAUAAAUUAUUUUUUUCUCUAUUUAAAAACAAUAAUGUAGGUCAGAAAUUGAUGACUGCGCUUAUGUUAAAGCCUUCUUCGAUGAGUUAUUUUCACAAUUUAUGAUGGCGUUGCAGUCAAAAUAGGACAAAUGAGCUUAUGUAAGGACCAAUUCUGGACCUUUCUCAGUGGGAGGUGGGUCUUUCGAAACCCCCCUUGACUUCAGGCCUGAUUCAUACUUUAAAGUCAGUGUGAAAUCAAUUUUAAAUACUUAUUUUGGAAGUACAUACAGUAAGUUAUUUUCUGGGGGAACAAUUUAUAAUAAUCUUCAAUCAAAAUCUGAUCAUUUGCCUCCACGUUUGGAGUGGUGGUUCUUCUCUAUUGACGUUAUUUUGGCAGCUUCAGUCACAAUAUUCUUAAACACGCCCCUCUUACCGCUAAUUUGCCAUUAGUGAAUGAUGCGCAAUAGAAAGCCCCGCCCCUUACUCAAUAUUCCAUUUCAGUUGAAAGUACAUCAACAUACUGAAAUAAAAGUCUCACCAACUUCCAGUUUAUGCAGACUUUAAAUGGUUUCACCACCUGUCUAUUAGAAUGUUUUAGAGAGAGAUUUCACCAAUAUUUAAAAAUGUACUGAAAGACUAUAAUAUGAAUCAAGUUUUGAUCAUGUUUUGCAAAGCUUUGUGUUGAUUCUUAAUCUGUCAUUCAUAAGCAUAUGAACAGGACGUCUUAAAUCUUAGUUUAAGGCUUUGUUUUUUAUUAAGAACGUGCAUUUUAUUAUUUUUACUCUUCAAAACUCAGUUUUAACCAUUUGCGAUGUUGCACCGGUGUAAAUGUCUGUAGAUUACGAAGCAAUAGUUACUGAUGUUUUCGCUUCACACACAUUCGAUGAAUAGCCGUAGCUUGAACGUUAUAGUGUGUAAAGAAAAAGGGAUUUGACGGACUGUACGCCUAGUUUCUCUAUAUUUAAGAUGAGACAAGUCUGCGAAAGAGAGCGUUUGUUGUUUUUCAUUUAUUGAUUCGAUACUGUGGGCAAUACUCUUAUUAAAAGUGCUGCUUUGAUUAAUAGAGAGAUAUUUUUUCUCUUUCUUUCCUUACGUGGUCUGACACUCACAAGUUUUAGAAAAAAAGAUGAAGAUUUUGUUACAUUUGCAGUUGUUUUAUUCACCGUUGUAUGACAGCCUAAUAUGCACUCGUUAUAUAGCUGAGUUCUUCUUUAUUAAUGUACUGUAAAUCAGCGUGCAAUCGUAACAUCAUGAAGCUGUUGGGAUUUUGCUGUCGACAAGCAGCUCAUAGAUCAAAUGGCUUUAUCAAUCGGAAAUUAUUUUUGCACCUUCGCGUGUAGACGAGAUAAAGAAAUGGAGGAUUCCCUGUUUUAUCAGAUGCGUUUUUAUGUUUUGAAAGGCUGCGUUUCUUUACAGUGAGAUGAACUGUACAAAGUAUUUAUGCAAUUAUAAGGUUUUCUUUUUUUUACGAUUCUGACUUUUGUUAUUUCUCAGCAAGUUUGGUUACUUGUUGCAUGUCUAACACCGCUGACUUUCUGUGUCAGUGUAUUGUACAUGUUUUGGCAUUAUGUUUUAUGAGUUUUCUCUCCUUUUUUGGCUCAGUUUUUAUUUGUUUGGCAUUACGAGUCGAUCCUGAAGGUUUUGUGUACAGUUUUAGACGGAUAUACAGAGAACAUGUCCCACGACUCUGGAUUGACUUUUAUAUUGUAUGUAUGGAUGUUGAGGACCGAUCGCAGAACUGAUUGUCCCUGUUUGGUGGUCUUGUGAUAGACUGCAUUACUACAGUAUCUAGUGUGCAAAACUGUGGUAGCUGAAUGUCCAUUGUAUAUUUGUGUUGGAAAACAGUGACAUGAAACCCCCUUCCCCCAUAAAUAACCUGUUAUUAUGACGCAAUAGAUAUGGUACUCAUACUUUUUAAUUUAAUUUCAAUUAAAUACUUGCUGUUUACCACCA